AUGGCCCCCAAGAGCAAGAAGGCUGGCGACACCAUCGCCUCGCGCCUGGCGCUUGUGAUGAAGAGUGGAAAGGUCACCCUUGGCUACAAGACCACCAUCAAGACCCUGCGUUCCGGCAAGGCCAAGCUGGUCAUCAUCGCCGCCAACACCCCUCCUCUCCGCAAGUCUGAGCUCGAGUACUACGCCAUGCUUGCGAAGACUCCUGUUCACCACUACUCCGGUAACAACGUGAGUGAACCUCGGGAUACGGAGCGCACAUACGCUAUCGAGUUGGGAACUGCCUGCGGUCGUCUCUACCGCUGCUCCACCAUGACUGUUCUGGAUGCUGGUGACUCUGACAUCCUUACCAGCCAGUAA